UGGACACUAGACAAAGACAAUUACCACUUACCAGAAAAGAAAAAAAAAAAAGAAAAAACGGCGAUGACAGAAGAAAACAUUUUGUGUAAUUCGUUGUAGGUUGUCUGUCCGGUCGAUGAGAAAUGGAAGCCAUCGCUGUUCCACCGCCGCCAACAGCACCCACCCACCGUAAUGCAGACAGAACUUCAAUCACCGCUCCUUCUUCCAACCACCAACUUCACCUUCGAUUACCCCUCCGCAACCCCGAACACAAAAACCUCUCUCUCCUUCACAACUCCCCUCGUCACCCCUCUUCACAACCUCUCACUCCUCCGACUAACAAAAAGGAAAAGAACAACAAGAGAAGAAAAUGUGCUUCAACUUCACACAUCUUGCCUUUGAUGGACGCCCUUCACUUUCCUAUAUCCGUCGACAUGUACACCUCUUUGGUCAAAGAAUGCACUCUUUCUGGUAACCCAGAAACUGCAAUUGAGUUGCAUACUCACAUAACAAGGAGUGGCGUCGAACCUCCAUUGCCUUUAAUCAAUCGGAUUCUCAUCAUGUUUGUUUCGUGCGGUUUGUUAGACAAUGCACGCCAUGUGUUUGACUCAAUGCUUGUGAGGGAUUUUCAUUCUUGGGCAAUUUUGUUUGUUGCCUAUUAUGAAAAUUCUGAGUAUGAGAAUGCUACGGAUGUUUUUCUCGGCAUGUUAUGUCAAUUGGGUGUGAUGGGGUUUCAUUUUCCUCCAUGGAUUUGGUCUUGUCUUCUCACAGCUUGUGCCUACACUGUGAAUGUCCCUCUAGGAAUGCAGGUCCAUGGAUGUUUAUUAAAGUUGGGUGCUUGUGACCAUGUGCUUAUAAGUAGCUCUUUAAUCAGAUUUUACGGGAGAUUUAAGUGUUCGGAAGAUGCAAACGUUGUUUUUAAUAAAGUGUCGCGGCAUAACACGUUGACUUGGACUGCUAAAAUUGUCAGUGGUUGUAAAGAAAUGCAUUUCUCCGAGGCUCUUGGUGAUUUCAAGGAGAUGGGAAGGGUAGGGAUAAAGAAGGACAGUUUUACAUUUUCCAGUGUUCUCAAGGCAUGUGGAAGGAUGCGGAAUCAUGGAAGCUGCGGUGAACAGGUUCAUGCUGAUACCAUCAAAUUGGGAUUUGACUCAGAUAACUAUGUGCAGUGUAGUUUGGUAGCCAUGUAUGGAAGAAGUGGGUUACUAAGAGAUGCAAAACUGGUGUUUGAAACAACCCGAAAUGAAAGAAAUGUCGAUAGUUGGAAUGCCAUGCUUAUGGGUUAUAUACAGAAUGGUUUGUACAUUGAAGCUGUUAAGUUUGUGUAUCAGAUGAAAGCUGCUGGCAUGCAUCCACAUGAAUCACUGCUUGAUAAACUAAGAAUUGCUUGUGGCAGUUCUACCUUUUAAAGUACUAAUGAACCGAGUAGGUUGUACAUAGAAUAUACUGAAAUUUAGACAUGCUUUUGUUGUUUCAGAGUUAUGAUGGUCUCCAGUUACAUGUCAAAGUAUUAUAAAGAACUCUACUUUGAAAACUAGUACAUUAUUGAGAGCUACA